AUGCGCGACGCCGUCCUCACACCCGAAGACGAGCAGUAUCUAACGCUACUGGAAGGUCGCCGUGACCAGCACUUCACCACUGCCCCGUUACUCUCGGGCUUUCGAGUAUUGGCGCUCUUCUCGUACGAAGAUCUCAAGGGCCAAACCGACAAGUUCGUGAUUGGUGCGAACGCCGAAUGUGCAAAUAUCGGAGGGGCCACAUGCGCCGAACGUGCCGCCAUGGCGCAAUUGCAACUUUUGCCAGCGCGUCGAGUACGCAAAAUCUACAUCGUGUCGGAUUCGCCUCAGUGUUUAACACCUGGAACGCUUUGCCGCGAGUUUUUGCUGUCCAGUCCGUUGAUCGAGGACAGCACGCCGUUCGUGUCACGAGCCACCAAGUGCCACCCGUGCGUCACCACAUUGGCGGAGCUUUAUCCAUUCCCGUCACUCUACGACCGAGUGCCGCGCUCUCAAUUGCAACUUUCGCGGAUGACACCAGAUGAACAGGAAGUUUAUCUCAAGGCACUGGCAGCAACAGCGAAAGAUGCACGAGACGAUCUGUUCCCGUUGAGAUAUGCCGCUGGUACGAAGUUCUCCGAUGGCGAAGUGCGUGCCACAUGGCAACACAAGACGCUGGAAUAUGGCAGCUCGCUGGACGCCGUUUCCAAGCUCAUUCCCUUCGUCGAAGCGAAGCAAAACUCCGUCAAGCCCCAGUUCUUAAUGCAAGUGGACCAGUUUGGCAUCCUCCACGCGCCUUUUGCACGUGCACGAGCCUAUUUUUUCGAGUUUGGCUUCCUGGACGUGCCAGUUUUGGUUCACGAUGCAAAUGGCGAGCUGCACCGUGUUCCCAUCGACAUUCUCGUGGCCGAUUCACCGGAUUGUAUUGCCGCUUCCACGGCAGCGGUGCAGUAG